UUGUUUUGAGUGGCGCUGGCGGCGCGGCCGGCGGCGGCUGAGGAGCGGCGGCGGACGGCAGCGGACCCUGCGGCACCGGCGGGACUGCGCGGCCUGCUCCCGCCCCACCGUGAAGGAGGCACUCGGCAAACUUUUCUCAAUGACUCUAUAGCCAACUGAUGUAACAAUGGUACUAAUCUUGGGACGCAGACUGAAUAGAGAGGAUAGCGGGAUACGAGAUUCCCCUGCAACCAAGCGGAAAGUUUUUGAAAUGGACCCAAAAUCGCUAACAGGCCAUGAGUUUUUUGACUUCUCCUCGGGAUCAUCCCAUGCCGAAAGCAUUCUCCAGAUCUUCAAUGAAUUUCGAGACAGCCGGUUGUUUACUGAUGUCAUUAUCUGUGUGGAAGGAAGAGAGUUUCCCUGCCAUCGAGCAGUGCUCUCUGCCUGCAGUAGCUACUUCAGAGCUAUGUUUUGCAAUGAUCAUAGAGAAAGCAGAGAGAUGCUGGUGGAGAUCAAUGGUAUUUUUGCUGAAGCUAUGGAUUGCUUUUUACAGUAUGUGUAUACUGGUAAGGUGAAAAUCACUACCGAGAAUGUGCAGUAUCUCUUUGAAACAUCAAGUCUCUUUCAGAUUAGUGUUUUACGUGAUGCCUGUGCCAAAUUCCUGGAAGAACAGCUGGAUCCAUGCAAUUGCCUGGGAAUCCAGCGUUUUGCAGAUACACACUCACUCAAGACACUGUUCACCAAGUGCAGGAAUUUUGCACUGCAGACAUUUGAGGAUGUGUCCCAACAUGAAGAAUUUCUUGAGCUGGGGAAAGAUGAGCUUAUUGAUUACAUUUGCAGUGACGAACUGGUGAUCAGUAAGGAAGAGAUGGUGUUUGAAGCUGUCAUGCGCUGGGUGUACCGGGCAGUUGAGUUGAGAAGACCAGUGUUGCACGAGCUGCUGACGCACGUCAGGCUCCCGUUGUUGCACCCCAACUACUUUGUGCAGACAGUGGAAGUGGACCAGCUGAUCCAGAAUUCCCCAGAGUGUUACCAGCUGCUGCACGAAGCCCGGCGGUACCAUAUCCUUGGGAAUGAGAUGAUGUCUCCCAGAACUAGGCCACGCAGAUCAACUGGUUACUCUGAGGUGAUUGUUGUUGUUGGAGGCUGUGAACGAGUUGGAGGGUUUAAUUUGCCAUAUACUGAGUGCUACGAUCCUGUAACAGGAGAGUGGAAGUCACUGGCUAAACUUCCAGAGUUUACCAAGUCUGAAUAUGCAGUGUGUGCUCUACGGAAUGAUAUUCUUGUUUCAGGUGGAAGAAUCAAUAGCCGGGAUGUGUGGAUUUAUAACUCUCAGCUUAAUAUUUGGAUCAGAGUUGCCUCCUUAAAUAAAGGCAGAUGGCGUCACAAAAUGGCUGUUCUUCUUGGUAAAGUGUACGUCGUUGGAGGAUAUGAUGGUCAAAGCCGACUGAGCAGUGUAGAGUGUUAUGAUUCAUUCUCCAAUCGAUGGACAGAGGUGGCUCCCCUUAAAGAAGCAGUGAGCUCUCCAGCAGUCACCAGCUGUGUUGGCAAACUGUUUGUGAUCGGGGGUGGUCCUGAUGACAACACAUGUUCUGACAAGGUUCAGUCUUAUGAUCCUGAUACUAAUUCUUGGUUACUCCGUGCAACUAUACCUAUUGCAAAAAGAUGCAUUACAGCUGUGUCUUUAAAUAAUCUGAUCUAUGUUGCUGGUGGGCUUACCAAAGCAAUAUACUGCUAUGAUCCAGUUGAAGACUACUGGAUGCAUGUACAGAAUACAUUCAGCAGACAGGAGAAUUGUGGCAUGUCUGUGUGUAAUGGAAAAAUAUAUAUCCUUGGUGGAAGACGAGAAAACGGUGAAGCCACAGACACUAUCCUUUGUUAUGACCCUGCAACAGGCAUUAUCACAGGAGUAGCAGCCAUGCCCAGGCCAGUAUCAUAUCAUGGCUGUGUGACAAUUCAUAGAUAUAAUGAAAAAGGCUUUAAACUGUAGAACAAAAAACCCAACAGUAACAAAGGAGAUGGCAUGAAUGAAUCCAGUGGUCUGCUGCAAGACAGGUUUUUAAAGAUUCCUGAAACGGGAAAAUGUCCUUUCCCUAACUGGCAAAUGAAAAAAUUGUAUCUUGUGCCUUCCAAAAAAAAAAAAAGUUAACUUACAAGUCUACGUAUCUAUCCAGUAACACCAGUUUAACUGUAUAUGCAGUGUGCUUUGAUAUGAGUGCAGUAAUAGUACUUUGUACUAGUGUUCAGAAAGUUUUGCCCUCUGUGUGAUAAGUAAUUAAAAACUUGGAAGUUUUGUGGGGAAAGUGCCUUCACAAGCAUUUGUGCCUGUAUCCUAAGCAGCGAUGUCUACAAGUUGUUUCAGAUUCUGGUUGUUGAAAAGAUACAUAGGCAAGUAAAAUUCAAAAAAUUAUCUAGGAUAAUUGCCUAUGUUUAAAAAUAGCUUACAUAAUUCAUAUGCACAGUGUUCUCACAAGCAGAUUACUUGGCUUAACCAAGUAGAUUUUAUUUCAGAUCAUGCAUGGUUUGAGAUUUUUUUUUUAAAAAAAUAAAAUCAGUUACAUAGGAAAAAUACUAGAAUCUUUGAGGAAUGCUCUCCUUGGAAGGAGAACAGUGACAUCUUGGUGGUUUUCUGUGCUACUGCAUCAUACUGCAGUGAUGUACCUUAACACUAUGGACCUUAUUCAUAGUGUUGCUAAAUGCUUAUCACACAAGGCUACAUGACAUGGAAAACUAGUGACCACUGGGAAGUAGGCACGCAUCUGUGAGGCAGAUCUUGAAUCCCAGUUUUUGACAUCUUGAACACUACAGCUGAACUCUGAAAGUUCCUGGAUUUACUGUUUGCUUGUUGCAAAAUUUCUCUAACUCCUCAAGGAAUUAAGGACAACUAACUUUGUGUUCUUCUGCUUCUGUGAAUCACAUUAUAAAUCAAGUGGUGAUGGAGGUAGGGACUCAGAUUGUACCCCACAGCUUACAAGUUGGUCUUCAAACUAACUCAUCUGCAGAGAUUCAGAGUAUCCAUUAAGUAUUUCUUAGCCUUUAUUCAGACAAUCACUUACAGCAGUCCAGCUGUUCUGCAGUAUAACCUACUUGGCCAUAGAUAAGGAGGCUCCUGAAAAGUUCUUCCUGUAACCAGAAAAAUACCUUUGGACCUGUCCAUGUAGCCAUAUGAGGUAACUGCCAGGUAGCAUGCUAGCUUUGAAGCCCAGAGUUUUGGUGAAUCUUGAAGCCCAUGAGCCUCCUGUAUUUUGACAUAGUGUUGUUUGGGUGUGUUGUUGUUGUUUUCCAGUGAAGAUGCUUCUUUUAAAUUCUCAUUAGAUUUCUGUACUAGGUUGUCUUAUUCUCAGUAGACAGUUGUACAACUGAGACACAAUUUCGUGAAAACUGAAAGAGCACUUAAGAGUUGGAAAAUGAGUAGGGUUGUCUACAUACCAGGUUCCUGCUAAUCACUAGAAACAUCAGGAACUCCUUUUUCAAAGGAAUCUAAGGACAGCAGCCAGUAGGGUGGUUGGUCUGUGCCAGGGCAGAAAAAAGCAUAAGGCCCCUGCAGAGACAGCCCUGCCUGCAGGGUUCUGGUCACUUGCUCAGGAGGGUGAAAACAAGCACUGUCUUUGGAACACUGUUUUUUUUUCCACUGGACUCUCUUAGCCAUCCGUUUUCCCAGAGUACUUCAUGAGAUGGAAAUUAUGACCCUCAGUGAACCUAUGCCAAAUUUGCAGUUGUCAUUUUCAGUAAUACACAGUCAUAUCUUUUUAAAGAGCACUGGGAGCUGCACUUCGUGAUGCAUUAACUUGUAACCUCAGGAAAAUACAUGGAUUUCAGUUUCUGUCUAAAUACCAAACACUGGUUGUAUAUGUUAAGAAUAUUAAUAAUCAAAUCUUUGCAUAUCAGUGAUGUAAUUAGCAAAUUGAUCCUUGCGUGUGUACAUCUGUAUUGCCCUAAAUAGAAAGUUAUUCAGUAAAAUACUUACAGUACUAAAAAGUAAUGUAAGAUAAAACAAUCAGAUGAAUUAAUCCUUUUCUAAGUUUCUUGUCUCUGCUCACUUUGAAAAGGUAAUUUCAGUACCUGUGAAUAAGAUCUGUUGAUAGCAAUGGUAAUUGCCCAGUAACUGAUAUUAUAUACUAACACUUGUAUACAACUUGUCCCAUCAUUGUAAAUGAAAAUGUAAAUGAUAGGAGCACUUCACUAGAGAGAGAAUUUGAGAAAGUUUCUCCUUUCCUAUUAUUUCCUUCCUAUUUGUAUUAAGACUUGUAAUGUUGAUUGUCAUGUUAAGCUGCUCUUAAUGUUGUUUAUGCUUAGGUAUCCUUUAUUCUGUGUUUAUAGCACUGCAGUACUCUGUAAAUAGCAAGAUACUGCUUUUAUUGUAUUGAAGACUCAGUUUAUAGUUUACUCAUCUUUUCUUAACAAUUUAUAUACUUUAUUACUGUUAGCUAUUAUUUUUGAAAAUAGUUGUUUAAUGAACCAGUAAAUGCAAAAAUGUAGAAGAAAAGCUUUGCUUGCAGUUCUUCAGAACCUGUACUCAAUGCUGAACAUUAAGUGUGUGGAGUAUUGCUAAAAUAGCAGUUAUUCCUACAAUGAUUUUGUUAAAAACAAGUCAGGUAUUUUGGGGGGGAGUUGUUUUGUGGUUUUUCUUUCUUUCUUUUUUUUCUUUUUGACUCUGUAAAUGACUUGCACUUCUGACCUGCUCUGUUAAAAUAAUAUUUUCAGAUAUACUAGAAGAGAACAAUUCCACUUUGGUUUAAUGAAAGCAUAACACUUACAGAAGGAUAUAUUAUUUAGGAAGUCACAUUCCUAAGUCAUCUGUUCUCUGAUGCAUUUCACUUAAGUAUAGCUGGAUUCAAAGAUUAAAACUUGCACUGUCAUGCAGAUUUACCUGAUUGCUGUUUAAUGUGCUUGGACAGCAAGUUGGGGGUUAUGUAUUGUUUUGUGCCCCCCCCACCCCCGCCUUGGUCUCAUUCUGGGACAGAACAUUUUGAUUAUCUUCCACUAUUAUAAUUGCCAGCAUGAAUAGUAACAGGUUUGACAGCUCCAGAGUAGUGAUCAUCUGCUCAGAGAUACAACUUCAGUCUAACAAUGCAUGGGAAAAGCUCUCAGGUCUCUCCAAAGUUGGACCAAAAACAAUUGCUGAGUUCUCUAAUACUUUGCUAAACAGUUAUCUUUAAUAGUAAGAUACUUCAAGGAAGUGAAAGCAAAUGUUGUCUUUCUCCCUCUUCAUGUCCUCUCCUCCCUGCUGAAAUCUCAUGAGAUCUGUCCUUCCAUUCUUCUGCAAUAUGUUAUCAACUGAAAAGAAAUUUGAUGCUGCUUUGUAGCUUGCUUUCACAAAGGUUCUAUGUAGAUAAGCAUUGUAGUGCUUUUAGAUAUACCAUGUAUCCCUUUAUUUCUCAACCAUCAAGCAUGUAACACCACCUGGUGAUCAUUCACUUUACCUCUAAGUUCCCUUCCUGUUAGCGUCUAAAGAGGCGUAUGUUGUGGAAUCUCUUCCUUUCGUACCAUCAGACAGUUAAUUUUACAGUGCAUGUCCAGCAUGUGUUUCAGAGGUUCAGCACUUUGCUUUUCACUCUAGCACUGAGAGACCAGGAAGCUUUUUGAUUCCCCUGUCCUUGAGAGCAAGAAAACUGCUGAGUGGUAGGAGUUCUUCCUCAGAAUACUUGAGUUCACCACAUGAUCUUAGAUUACUCAAUUUAUCCUAUUUUUAUUUGAGGUGCAAGGACAAAACAAGAAGCAGUCCCACUUCUCAGGAUUUCAGGUUUCCCCCUGCUCAUGGAAGGGUGGUGUGCUGGAGUUCUGUCAGGUUUAGCUGGUAGGGCAGAGAGGAGCUCUGAGGGGGGACCAGAAGAAGGAAAACCCAGUGCUGUUGGGGUUUGUGCAUUUUUCUAGGCUUGCUGAAAAACAGGACUUUCUGGAUGCUCUUCCAGUUUGCAGUUUCAUGCACAAACUCUGUUGGUAAAAAUAUUUCACAUUUGUUAACUAUUUUCAGUCUGAGAGAUCAAGAUGUGUGUGUUAUCAAAGUCUUCCAGUGGCAAACGUUCGGUUUUCCUAGUGGCCCAAAGGGAGAAGUGUAUCUAGUUUUCUCUGCCACUAAAGAUGGCAAAAGCCCAUUCAAGACUUGAUCACUCUGAAGUAAGGUGAAUGUUUUCAUCUGAAUGUAGACUCUCAAGCACACAAGACUGUGCAUUAAGUGAUGUUCCUGAUUAAAAAAAAAAUCUGAGUAAUACAUACUGAAAAAAUCUACAAAGUGUUGAGAUGUUUUAAGCAAAUUUAUCUGGUUGAGGACUAGGCAGUGUGUUUUUUUUUCUUUCUGUGUUCAGCAAACAAGCUUCCUUAUUGUUUUAUUAUUUCAGAUGGCAUUAAUAAAAAUUCAUUUCACUGUCAGUUUAUUAAGAAUAUGUUGGUGCUGGGAGCAUUAUCACAAAACAGUAGAGAGCUUCUUGCCAACCCACACCAGGUGUGUGAUCACAAUGUAAGUUCUCCACACACAGGUCUUGUGUCAGCUGGCUUUAGUAACUAAUUUUAUACAUAAAUUCAUGUUACUCUAAGUACAUAUCCUUGAUAGUGUUACUGUCUAAAAGCUCUAUUUACAGGAAUGUAUCCUUCCUUUCUACUGUAGUGCUCCAGUCUACACUCAUGUUUGUGUGCACAUCUGUGUAUGUGAAUAAUUUUGUGAUCCUUUUAUGGUAAUUGUUAUAAAUGAUGCACAUAAGAUGCUAUGUACAGCAUGUUGAUAAUGUAAUUACAACUUCCUUUGUAUUAGUCCCAAAGAAAAUAAUGUGUUGAAAUUUUGAAAAUAUCUGUGCCUUGAAUUCAAUUAGAUUUUUAUCUAUUGUGAAAAUGAGCCUGGGUUGCUCCUUCUGGUUUGUUAUCUCCAGCAGUCUGGACAGUAAGACUGAUGCUAAUGAUGUCCUUUAAAGAGAAGUAAAUUCUGCCAUUCUUCAACUAAAAGAACAGUUAAACCUUUUAUUCAGAAUAGGCCUAGAAUACUUAGAUUUCUACAAUGUUAGGGCAGAUUUAGUGGGAAAAAUCAAUCUUCUUUUUCUAUUUUCCAUUUUAAGCACUCCCUCAGUGACAAAGGAGUUUGACUUCCUGUCCUUCAGAUGUAGUUUCUUGUUUUAGUCAGUAUUUUUGCCAUAUUUCAGAACACAGACGUGUCUGUCCUAAACGUAGUUUAAAAUAAAUAAUAUGAAGCAAUAAUAUGGUGAAGCAUGGCAAUAAGCAAAAUCAAUAAACUUGAAUAAAAUGUACUAUUACUAAUUUAAUUUGUGUAAACUCUGGACCUGUGAGGCCAUUCUCCUUUCAGUGUACCUGUAGCAAAUUUGAGUCAGAUUAAUAGGAGCUACUUGGCCAUGGAAAGAGAGGUUACCUAUGUAACUUACGAUAUUUUCUUUUCACCUGGAAUAUGCAUUGGUUUUUUUUUGUUUUUUUGUUUUUUUUUUUUUAGGAAAAACAGUGGCUCAUUGUAUUUCUUGCCAGUUCCUUUAUUUAAUGAUAUGUAAAAGGCUUAGCUCCAGCAAGAGCUAACCUUGUCUUCAAGAACACUCUGGUACAGCACAAGUAAAAUCUGAACAAAAAAGUGCAGACCACUUAGUGUGUGGCAGAGUCAAUGUAAUGUUACCUUGCACAUAACAUUAAGGUCUUCAGAUUGUGCUGAUAGUAGAAAAGUGAUUUUAUAAUGUAGCACAAUUGCAAUAACAUUUACUUGUUAUAUUUAAAUAUAUAUUUCCUGCAUAAUUCUUUGAAAUUUUUUUAAAUCCAAUGUACCUAAUAAACAUUUGCCUUUUGAA